GAGAGAAGGGGGAGCGUUAGUGAAGCAGACUGGAGCAGAUACAGCUUUUCGCUCUGUACUUUGGUUAGUGCUGCGAAUCUCCUGUAAGGGUGAAAAUGGAGAAAGUCCUGGCAACCACGAUGCUACCCAGAAGCAGGUUAGGGAAGCGCUCUCCUCUGGGAGCUUUGGUCUGCAGCUCUUUUGCAGAGGGUCCCGUGGAUGUUGGAGCACUUGGAGUCGCCAACGGAGCUCAUGUGACUGGAGUAGGAGUCCACAGUACCCACAGGGUUAAGCUGUACCCAGGACAGAGGGUUUAUGUGCAUUGUGGAGGAAAAGAGUGUAGUGGUGUAGUGGAGCAGCAUAACCACGUGGACAACGAGGUGUCUAUAUUCUUGCCACAGCUCAAUCAGCAGGUUCAUCGUAAACUGGAAGAUGUGUGGAUGACACCCACAGCCAACGUCCCUCACUCGAUUUCCUCCUCCAUCGAUGUGCCAAAGAGGAGUGCUGUAAGUGUGGACAUGGAUGAAAUGAUGGCUGCAAUGGUCCUGAGUAGUCUGUCCUGCAGCCCUAUGAUUCAAAGCCCCAUUCAAGGGGAACCAGGACCAGUGUUGACUGGGACAGAUUGUGGUGGUAGUGAAGUGUCUGAUGGAGGUUACUGGAGUUGUGAUCAUGGAAAUGGAAGCCCAGCACCAUCUCCACCUAGUGGACAGGAAGACAGGACUCCCGUUGGUGAUGAUGGUCUUGACAUGGAAAUGGAGCAUGUGUUGUUUGAUGAACCAGCACCAAGAAAACGCAAGAACUCGGUAAAGCUGGCAUACAGAUGCUUGUGGCCAAACUGUGGCAAGAUUCUUACCACCAUUGUAGGCAUGAAACGUCACAUUCGCACACUUCACCUGGGCAGACAAAACGAACAGGAGCGCUGCCAAAGAGAAGAAGAUUUCUACUACACAGAAAUUUACCAGGAUCUGGAGCAGUCAUCAGCCGUUAUGACCGCUAAUCCUUCCAGUCCCAUCCAUCAGAGAUCGUCUCCUCCCACACCGGAGCCCCUUCAGCCCAGCGAGCUCAGCCAGUCGGCCCCCAGCAGCUUCUGGCAGGUCCACUCGGAGCACUCAUACCAGGCUCCCACUCCAGUUGUGUUACCCCAGUGUAAGUCUGUGUGUGUUCCUGUCACCUCUCGCUGGACUCCGCCCGUCACUGUGCACCAGAGCAAACAGGUCACACCUUUCCGUCGGCGCUCAGUCAGUGUAGGAGAACAGUGGCUCCAGAACCACAGUGUCCAGUCCAAGCCUCAACUUGGCAGUGUUUCACCUCCAAGAAGCCACUGUGUCACACGGAGGAUUCGAGGGGAGGCUAAGAAGUGUCGGAAGGUGUACGGCAUCGAACAUCGGGACAUGUGGUGCACGGCCUGCCGCUGGAAAAAAGCCUGUCAGAGAUUCUUGGACUGAAACAUUGCUGACCAGGAUAAAGCACACCAGCCAAAAAUGAGACAGAGACUCAAAUGACAAUAGCUGGAACUGUGACGGAGAAGAAAACAACAGAUGAACAAGAUUUUUAUUCAGCUUUUUUAAACAAUAUAACGUUUUAUUAAAAGGUGCAGCGCAUUAAAAAGCCUCGUCAGAGAUUUAUAACUGGAAGAGGACUUCUGUUUUUUGGUCUUCCUUGGCCAUUCAUCAUCAUGAAGUAUGGCCUUUUGUUUUUUGAAGUUACUUACUUUUAAUAAACAGCCAUAUGUUU